UCUUAAAGCUAGGAAUGAUGAAGAAAGAGUUUGAGUUUGCAGUGUUUGAAAAAGGUACAGUGGGAGGUAAAAGUGUUGACCCAUGUAACCUUCUACCACCUAAUCUUCCUGUUCUUGCUCAUACCUUGGAACACACACAACCAAACUGGAUUGCUAGGUCAAAUUCCCCUACUGAUUUAAUUAUACAAAUUGGUGAUUCUAGCUUCCACUUGCACAAGGUUGUCAUGGCCUCAAGAAGUGAAUAUUUGAACCGGCUUGUGUUUGAGAGGGGAAGCAAUAGAGAAAGUGGUGGUGAGAGCCUCAUCAUCCAAAUUAAAAAUCUUCCAGGUGGUAAAAAGUCUUUUAAAUCCAUAGUCAAGUUCUGUUAUGGAAGGAAAUUUGAUAUAACUGCAUCCAACAUUGCCCCAUUGUAUUGUGCUGCACAUUUCUUGGAAAUGAGUGAAGAUCUCCAACAAGGAAAUCUCAUAUCCAAGACAGAAGCAUUUCUCACUUUUCUCAUAAUAUCUUCAUGGAAAGACACAUUUCAAAUACUUAAAACCACUGAAUCUAUUUCCCAUUGGGCCAAGGACUUACAAAUAGUCAAACGUUGCUCACAGGCAAUAGCUUUGAAAGUGUGUGCAGAUUCAAAUGCAUCUAACUUUGAAAGACCCUUAAGUGAAACUGAUAACAGUGUUCAUGAUUGGUGGUUUGAAGAUGUGUCAUUUCUACGAAUAGACCAUUUUAUUGAAGUGAUUCAAUCGAUCAAAAGAUGUGGAAUCAAACCUGAACUUGUAAGUUCUUGUAUAGAACAUUGGACAAGAAAAUGGUUUUCUCAAAUCAGACUUGGACUUGAUAAGGAGACUCCAAAAUCCUUAACUCUGCACAGAAUAUCCAUUGAGUGUUUGAUUAACAUACUUCCUGCAGAAGAAAACUCAGUUACUUGCAACUUUUUGCUUCAUCUACUAAAGGCAGGGGUGAUGCUGAAAAUAAAUUCUGAGUUGUUGUGUGUGCUAGAAAGAAGGGUAGCCUUAAUGUUGGACAAAUGUCGUGUUCCUGAUCUCUUGGUCAAAAACCAACAUGAAAAACAUUCUUUGUAUGAUGUAACUGUUGUACUUAGGGUGUUACGGUUUUAUGUUUGUGGCAUGUCAAGUAAUCAUUCAGCAAAAGCAAAACCAAACAGUGUUGGAAGAUUAGUUGAUGGGUAUCUCGUGCAAGUUGCAAGGGAUGAGAAUCUCACAAUGGAAAGUUUCAAAUCAAUUGUUGAAGCAUUGCCACAAAAUGCUAGACACUGUGACGACAACCUCUAUAGAGCCAUUGACAUGUACCUCAAGGCACAUCCUAAUUUAACAGAAGAAGAUCGAACAGAUAUCUGUAGAAACUUGGAAUACCAUAGAUUGUCACAAGAAGCACGUAAGCAUGUGAUGAAAAAUGAUAGGUUGCCCUUGAAAUUAACUACGGAAUUUGUCCUUUUGGAGCAAGUGAAUAUGACAACAUCAAUGACAAGUAAUGGAUCAAGUUACCGUAGAACACAGGCUCAGACAAUCAUGAGAGUGAACAAAGAUUUGGAAAGAAGGGAAAUAGUAAAUGCCCAGGAGAUAAACAUGAUGAGAAAAGACGUUGAAAUGAUAAAAUCACAACUCUUGAAAGUGUAUAGCUGCAAACUAAAGCUCCAAAAGCAACUAAAGGGAUGCAUUCGUUGAAAGAGAGUUAGUUUAUUAUGUAAAAACACUUCUGUAAACCUUCUUGAUAGAUUGAUAGAAUGAUGUACAAUAUAAA